UAAGAUAAAAUUAGAGGGGUAAUAAAAAGUAGGACUAAAAUAUUAUAGAUUCUCAUCAGUUGGAGCCGACAAACAAGUGGCAAAUUAAUGGCGACAUCAACCCCAGAAAGACCCGCCGAACCACCGUCAUCCGCCGCCGAACCACCUAAAAUUCAAACUCAACCUCCAAUUUCUACUCCACCUCCACCUCCUGCGAAGCCACCACUAACACCACCGCCGUCGAAACCAGAAGUCCCACUGGCAGACCCCAAACCAUCUCCCGACACCAGCUUAAUCCUAAUCCCAAGUCACUCAAGAUGGUUCUCAUGGGAUUCCAUUCACGAAUGCGAGAUUCGUAACAUUCCAGAUUCUUCCAAAAACCCUAGGGUUUACAAAUACUAUAGAAAUUCUAUAGUAAAACAUUUCAGAUUCAAUCCCAAUAGAAAAAUCACCUUCACCGAUGUUCGGAAAACGCUCGUAGGUGACGUAGGUUCAAUUCGAAGAGUCUUCGAUUUUCUUGAAGCUUGGGGUUUAAUCAAUUAUCAUCCUUCUUCUUCUCUCAGUAAACCUUUCAAAUGGGAUGACAAAGACUCAAAACCUGAAUCAGGAUCGAAUUCUACUGAUUCUUCUUCUCCGGCGCCGGUCAAAGAAACUGCUAGGAGAAUUUGCAGUGGCUGCAAAACUAACUGUGUUGUUGCUUGCUUUGCCUGUGACAAGGUUAGUUAUUUUUGGUAUUCUGAAAAGAAUGAUAUGACUUUGUGUGCGAGGUGUUUUGUUCGCGGAAACUAUCGAAUUGGUAUGAGUAAUACAGAAUUCAAGAGAGUGGAGAUUAGUGAGGCGACAAAAACUGAAUGGACUGAGAAGGAAACGUUGAAUCUUCUUGAAGCUAUUACGUUUUUCGGUGAUGAUUGGAAGAAGGUUUCUCAUCAUGUUGUUGGUAGGACUGAGAAGGAAUGUGUUGCUCGUUUUCUUAAGCUUCCUUUUGGUGAUCAAUUCCUGCGUUAUCAACAGUCUGAGUCUGCUUCUCUCACUGAUGACGGUUCUCAUCAGUUGAAGCCUCCUGCUGAUGCUGAAUUUGAGUCAGAAACUGUUGACUCGGAUAAAUCUAGUAAGAGAAUGCGUCUCACACCUCUUGCGGAUGCAAGCAAUCCUAUCAUGGCUCAGGCUGCUUUCCUUUCUGCUUUAGCAGGGACUGAGGUUGCACAUGCUGCGGCUCAAGCUGCUCUGACAACUCUGACCGAUGUUUACAAGUCAACUAGAACUAACUAUCGACCAUUUCAGAAGAAUGCAUUACCACAAGAUGUUGGUGUUGCAUCCAACGGUGGUAAUGCUUCAGAUUCUAUCCAAGGAUCUCUAUUGCGUGCUGAUUUACAGUGCGAGAAGGAAGAAUCAGAUGUGGCAAAAUCAAUUUCUGAGAUUAUAGAAGUUCAGAUGAAAACUAUCCAGGACAAGCUUAUCAAGUUUGAAGAGUUAGACCUGCUAAUGGAAAAAGAAUCCCAGCAGUUGGAGCAAGUGAAGAGUUUGUUUUUCCUUGAUCAGCUUAACCUUUUAUUUCGUAAAACAUCUGCACCAACGACCGCAGAAGGCAAUCAUGUAAAGAGGAAUUGAUGACUGACGAGUCAUAGUUAGCUAUUGAUCUUAGGUUUAGCUGGGUGUAUUCAAUUUUCCUUUUAAUAACUAUUCCGCACCGCGUUGCUUUGGUUGCGAAGGCACCAAAGUUUUUAUUCAAUAUUAUAAUAGUAAUAUCUUCAUAUCAAUUGUAGGCCUUUUAUUUUAUAUUGUCAACUUGCUCACACAUUACUGCCUGAAAAUGGUGUUGAAGUUUCAAAUAUCUUUUGUUCACACCAAGGGAAAAGUAAGGGUAAUGAAACAAGGAAAAGUGGUUUGGAAAACUUUCUAGUUGCAAAUCUCAUACUACUGUAUAUGUCAAGGAACUUUUAAAACUUAUGUAUGCACUAUUACUUUUGUUUCA